CCAAAAUGAUUUUCUUUUCUCUUUUCGUAUUGCAUUUUUGUCGCGAUCACGCUUUGCGCGUUUCCAUUACAAAAACGCGUAAAAUAUUUUUCUAUGCCAGGGCGCAUUUUUCUUCCUUUAUUUUCCUAAUCAACUGAAUUUCUGUCUUUCUUUUGUUAAUACUUUUUUACUUUAUUCCACCAAAAGUAAAUUGCAGCUGUGCUCUGCACACCGUUCUUUUCAUUCUUCACUUUAUUGCUGAAUAUACCUGCCACACUCGCUACUGUUGAAAUCGCUCAUGUCGGGGAAAAAGCCAGUGGUUGAGGCCCGGCCUCAGUCACAAUUCUUCACGGCGCCCAGCGUUCAGCAGCCCCGGAAUGCGUUACUCAUUUUGGCCAAAGGAGCAACCACAGGACCCAGUACAGAUAGAGCCGACUGCGUGAGCAUCCGUGAUGUGCUGCGCAGCAAAUUGGCCGAGCGCACGCGCGCACGCGAGGAGGCCAAGGCGCGUGGCGAUGACGAGUGGGAUGACUCGCAGUUUGUGCAGCUUGAUCGCGAGAGCAGCGACCACGUCAAAUCACUUAUCGAGCAGAGCGACGCGAUCAAGCGCGUGCGCAAAGAACGCAUCUUCGAGGAUGAGGUCACUGAGGAGGAGAUGUCAAUCAUCAACCAGCGCGUUGCAUUGCAGCAAAGGCAGUUUGCCGAGUUUGAGAGACGCGAAUUUGCGCACAACGCGAAGCGCAUACGCAAGAUGUAUGGCUACCUAGAUGACGAGGAGAUUCGCGAAGCACUGAAAGAGGGCAAAAACGACGUGGACGAGACGAUCUACCAGUUUUCGACGCCCGGUUAUCUGCUGAAGCUGCGAAAAAGUAUUGCCUUGAGGCACACGCCGCUGACUGACACGCCGCAAAUGACUGACGUGCAGCGCGUCAAGUACGAGGAGAUGCUUAAGAAGCGUAUCCGCGUUCAGAAAAAGACGACCACCAGUGACGCGCGCGACAAGUACCGCACUGUUGGGCGCCUGCCCUUGGACGAUGCCCUGGCACAACUCCAGCGCGCAGCGGCAACCAGGAAUGGCUCGGGAAUCGACCUGAGUAAGGCCAUGAAGGGCUGGUCCGAGGCGCGCAUCAAGGCGUUCAAGGCCAUUAAGACUAAGCCCAACACGUACUACUACCGCUUCAAUGCGCCCGGUGAGGAGCAGCGCACCGGCCAGUGGACAGCCGAGGAGCAAAAGUUGUUUCACGCGCGCCUGAAGGAGAUCGGAGCCAACGGCCAGUGGGGUAUUUUCAGCACAACUAUUCCCGGGCGAGUCGGCUACCAGUGCUCCAACUACUACCGCUACCUAGUGGAAAACAGGCUGAUCCACGACCCCAACUACGUCCUUGACGAGAAGGGCAAGGCACACUUUCUUUUUACAACAAAGAAGAAGAAUCCCGACGGCACUGCCAUGCGUGUGUUCCGCAAGCACAACAAGCCCCAUGUGCGCAUGUCACGGGAAAAGUACGGGUACAGCGACAGCGAGGAGGACGACGAAGAGGCCGACCAGUCUGCCGCCUCAAGCGCGAAAGGCGGCCGGGGCUCUGCUAACAAGUCCCCCGCAGCAGCUGACAUUGCUGCCACCACCGAUUCUGCCGACGCCAAUGCGGACUCAGCAGACAUUUCUGCCAAGCCUACGCUUGAGGCAACGCCCGCUGGCGCUAGCACAGCGUCCGCCGCAUCGACUCGCAAGUCAACCAAGGCCGCAACGAGCGUGCGCAAACGCAAACGCCGCGGGCGCUUUGGCGACAACUCGUCAGACGAAGAUGUCAUCCGGGCCAACGAGGUCGAGUUGAGCGAUGAUGGCGAAAACGGAAAUGAUACCAGCGACGGCGAGUACCAGGGUUCAUCGGUCUCCAAGCGCCGCUACGGAGUGAGGGCGCGCAAUGCCAGCGGCAAUGCCAACACCGACAGUGGCAACAGCAGCGCGAUCGAAGCGCCUGCUCGGGGCCGCAGCCGAGGCAGGAUUGCUGGUGAAAAUCUUAGCGACCCUGCUGGGGCGGCCGAUGCAAGUGUUCAUGCCGCCAGCCACGAUGCGAGGGCGGGUGCAGAGAGCGGCAGCGACGGAUUUGGGCUGGAUAGUGACGAGUCUGAAGAUGAAGUCGACCCGAGCAACCCGCUGCCUGAUUUGAUCGACCCCAUUACACUUGAGUCUGUGAUGAAGCCAGCUAUAUCGCCGUACGGGCACGUAAUGGGAUACGACAGCUGGGUGCGCUGCCUGAUGUUCCCGCCCGAGGGCAGCCAGCGCAACAUCUGCCCACUGACGAAGAAGCCUCUUUCCAAGCGGGACCUUGUCGUUCUCACCUACGACAAUAUUGAACAAUAUCGCGGCAAGAUCGUCAAUCUCUAAGCGGAAUCCGCUUGAUUCCUACUGAAAACUGGAUUUCGGACCAUCGGAUUGCAUUUCCGCGUAGAGAAUAAUGAAGGACGUUUGUUUGUUUGUUUUCGUUGUUUUUUGUGUUGCUUAAAUUUUUCUCAGCUUUCAGGCCAUA